AAUUCGACACAUCCCAUAAUCCUGGGCAUUCCAAGACCAAAGAAAUCUCGGUUUACAGCUAAGCAAUUCACUUCUUAUCAUCAGAUCUUAACAGAAUCAGACCUAUAUUCCAACGUCUAUUUAACUUCGCACAUGAAAAUUAGACAAAGAUUUUCAUCAGCGGUGUUGAAGAUGUCGAACAACUUUAUUGGCCUUAUCAUGAUAGUGACACUUACGUCCCCAUCCGGAGCUCAACUUAAAGGAGUAGUAAGUGGAAUUGAGCCUGGUAGAAGCUUGACACUGCGUGAUGUUACUUGUCCUGCUACAGGAAAAUACAUAUCUGAGUACACAAUUAAAGCCUCAGAGAUACAAGAAUUAGUUGAAGCUCAGUCGGAUAACCUUCAAUCCUAUGAAGAGAGAGAAUCAAAGGCUUUUGAUGACCCAGCUAUCCUCAGUGUGGGAAAACGACCCAACAACAUUCCCAAAACGUCACCCCCGUUUAAUGAUCUAGGUUCUAAGAUGCAUGUUAGGUCAACCGAGACAGUGAUAGAACGCAACCUUCAAGAUACGUCUCCGACAGUAACAUCAAUUGACCACAAAAGAAGGUUCCCUAUCCGGGAAAAAACUGAUGAGAGCGAGGUAAUUACGCAAGAGAGUCAAGAAGGUGAGAAUAUGCCAUCACAGUCCUCAGGGCCGGAUAUAAAAGCCAAGAAACGGGCAGAAAAUCGUCUUUUGCGGCCACCUCGGGCCGGAGGACGGAAAGGGCGAAAGCAGGACGACGACCACAGCCAAAACCCUACAGUUGAUCCCUCUAAACCUAUUUCAAGAUCUAAAGGCUGGAGGCAAACACCCCUACUUGAACCCACACCAUCAUUCCAGCCAUACUCAACUCUAAAGCAAAAAGGACGUCGCCGUGAAGACGAGGAGUGGGGAACAGAUAAUGCCACUGAUGUACAGGAAUUGGGUGAUUUUGAUUUCCAGGGUGGCCUCGCAAAAUUUGACAAAAGCUCGAUUUUUAAUCAAUUUUUAGCUGAGGAUGGCACAGCGGAUGAAGAUCGAUUAGUUACACAUAAUCGCAUCCCCAAGACCAAGUCAGGAACUGCGGGUGGUAAGAAUCUACAUUAUUCCGAGAAUGUGCUCGGAAACAAUAAGUCGAACAAUGUUACACCAAAGACAAAAACAGAAUUGUGGAUUAGAGAACACAUAGAUGUUAGUGAGGAUCAAGAAAUUGGGCAGAACGAACGAGCUAUGUGCCGGGUUGAGAGAAAAUUAAGCAUUCCUAGACGUCGAUUAGAACUGAAGCCCUCCUCCGAGAAGGGCAGCACUAAUCACACCAUGCCGCCUUCUCGAACCCUUUCUGCUGCUAUGAACUCAACAUUUUUUACUCUCCCAUCAAAUCGUCGUUGUGAACCAGUAUCACCACUUCAAAUGCUUAAUUUAGAAAACAUCGCGGACAACGAGCUGGGACUCUCGGAAGAUAUGAUGACUGAAAAUGCAGGACGCGGUAUCGCCGAGGUUGCAUUUGCGGCUCUUGGUAACGCUGAUGAAAGGCCAAUAAAAAGCAACAACUUCCUCAACUCUACUGUCAUCAUACUUGCAGGAAAUAAUAAGAAAGGGUUUAGAGCAGUAGCAGCAGCUCGACAUAUUUUGAACCACAAGUUUAAUGUCGUAUUGUGCGUUCUUGGCCCUGAUCAGGAAUCUGAUUUCCUUGUAGGACUAAAACGCCAAAUCAAAAUAUUCCGAUGCUUUGGUGGCACUGUGUUAAACAAAGAUGAGCUUUUUGAACAUAUAAAGCUGCUAGAAGCACCGCCUGAUCUUAUUAUAGAUGGUCUGCUUGGACUUACUAUCUCAUUUGAAGAGCUACGUCUUAGUGAUCAGUCUAUAGUUUAUGAACUCAUUACAUGGGCAAAUAGAAGUAAAGCUUCUGUGCUGGCAAUCGAUGUUCCAACCGGUAUUGACCCAAUGAAUGGGGAAAUUAGCAUUGUCGAUGGAACGCGGUUAUAUUUACACGCAAACUAUGUUGUAGCUAUGGGAGCUCCAAAAAAAGGUUUACUCGAAGCUAUGGCUAUAUGCCAAGAUGACUUAUUAGACAAGGGACGAGGAAAUAGCUCGGAAUGGCAGCUAUUUGUAGCCGAUAUUGGUCUGGGUGCCGCAGCCUGGAAAAUUGCAGGUACUAAAAUCCGGAGAGGUAUCGAAUUUGAUGGCAGAUGGGUCCUAGAGAUGCGGUAUCAGAGGCAAUCUGAAAAAUAA